AUGGGAGAGCGAAAAGGACAAAACUUUUAUUAUCCACCAGACUUCAAUUACAAAACACACAAAUCCCUCAAUGGAUACCAUGGAACUCAUGCUCUCAGAGAACGAGCGAAGAAAAUUGAUCAGGGAAUUCUGGUGAUCAGAUUUGAAAUGCCGUUCAACAUCUGGUGUCUCGGAUGUCAUAACCACGUCGGAAUGGGUGUCCGCUACAAUGCUGAAAAGAAAAAGUGCGGAAUGUAUUACACGACCCCACUGUACGAAUUCCGAAUGAAGUGUCAUUUGUGUGAUAAUUAUUAUGUCAUUCGAACGGAUCCAAAAAACUUUGACUACGAAUUGGUUGAAGGAUGUUCACGCCAGGAGCUGCGUUUCGAUCCGACAGAUAUUGCUCAAGUCGGAGCUGUAGAUCGAGGAUUUGCCCAGAAACUCGCUGCGGAUGCUAUGUUCAAAAAGGAACAUGAGGCGAGUGAUAAGGAAAAGGCAGCUGGAGAAGAGGGUCGAGUGGAAAAAUUGGAAUGGAUUCAAGAGAGGAUGAGGGACGAUUUUUCAGCCAAUUCGUAUUUAAGAGCACAAUUUCGGAACGAAAAGAAAUAUCUUAACGAAUCCCGUGCUAGCGAUGCAAAUCUCCGCGAAAAGUUAUCCAUUGGAACAACCAAACUACUACCAGAAAGUGAAGAAGAUCGACGAAUGGCAUCAAUGAUGACAAGAUACAAAAACUCAAAAACUCAUGGUGACCAUCUCCACUCAACACGGGAUAAAAUUGAGAGUCGUCGUAUCUUCGAUCAUCCGAAUACUUUAUCUGACACGCCAUCCCCAUCUGGUUCCUCAUCUGGAGUACCUAUGACAUCUUCUGAACGUCUGAAGGCCACGAUGCAAGCUGAAAGAGACAAAAGAAUAAAUGCCACGUUUUCUUCUUCCCAUCGUCUUCUGCAUCAAAUUUCCACAUUGUCUUCUGCAUCAAAUCUAGGCAUCAAGCGGAAAUCGACAGUGCCAUCAUUGAUUGUUCGGAAGAAGAAAACGCCAGUGGACUCCAAGACACUUGAAGCAGAAACAUCAGUGCCCGUGAAUCCCAUUUCACUGGUAUCUGCAGACUAUGGAGAUUCAUCUGAUGCCUCAGAAUAA